UCCACCAGAGUAUAACUCUUUAUAGCUUUCCAUUAGCUGUGACAGUGGUCUCCUUGUACUUGGUGUUCCAGUAUAUUUGAUGUCACUCAAUUCUGACCACCUCAGAUUAAACAUACCCUUUUAGACAUCAGUUUCAUUCAAGGACCUGACUGUAGACUUUACCCAAGAGGAGUGGCAGCACCUGGACCCUGCUCAGAGAUUCCUGUACAGAGAUGUGAUGCUGGAGAACUACAGCUACCUAGUCUAAGUGGGAUGUCAUGUUAGUAAGCCAGAUGUGAUCUUCAAAUUGGAGCAAGGAAAAGAACCAUAGAUGGUGGAGGAAUUUUCAAGUCAGAACUAUCCAGAAGUUGAUGAUACCUUAACAGACAAGGAAAUUGGAAACAAACAUUUGAGGCAAACUCUAUUCUUCAGCAACAAAACACCAAUUAUAGAAAGAGCUAAAAUAUUAAGGAAAACAUUUAAUCUGGACAUGACUAUUGUUCCCUCACAAAAAAUGCCCUAUGAAUGUGAUCUAAGAGGAAAUAGUUUGAAAACUAAUUCAGAAAUAGCUGUUGCAAAGAAAAUAAAAAGAUUCCUGAUGGGAAAAAAUGGAUGUGAGAAGGCACUGCUCCAUACUGUGCAUGAGAAAAGUCAUUCUGGAAUGAAAACAUGUAAUACAAUUAGGAAUGCCAGAAAUCAAAACAGAUAUCUUGUUCUACACCAGAACUGUCAGAAUUUGAAACAACCUUUUGACUAUAAUAAAUGUGGGAAAACCUUCAAGAGGGAACUCUUCAUUACACUGAAAAGGGUGCAGUCUGAAAGGAAAGCAAAUGAAUGUGAUGAAUGCAGGAAAACCUUUUCUAAGAGGUCCACCCUCACUGUACAUCAGAGAAUUCACACAGGGGAAAACCCCUACAUUUGUAAUGACUGUAGGAAAACUUUCUGUGUGAAGACAAGCUUCACUCGACACCAAAGAAUCCAUACUGGAGAGAGACCAUAUGAAUGCAGUGAAUGUGGAAAGACCUUCAUUGACAAAUCAGUUCUCAUUGUACAUCAGAAAAUUCAAGGAGGGGAGAAAUCCUAUGAGUGUAAUGAAUGUGGUAAGACCUUCUUUUGGAAGUCAGCCCUGGCUGAACAUUUCAAGUCACACACAGGAGAGAAGCCUUAUGAAUGCAAGGAAUGUGGAAAUGCCUUCAGCAAGAAAUCAUACCUUGUUGUACAUCAAAGAACGCACAGAGGAGAAAAACCAAAUGAGUCUAAGGAAUGUGGGAAAACCUUCUUCUGUCAGUCAGCUCUUACUGCACAUCAGAGAAUUCACACAGGGGAAAACCCCUAUAAAUGUGGUGAAUGUGAGAAAACAUUCUGUCAGUCAGCCCUCAACGUGCAUCGAAGAAGUCAUACAGGAGAGAAACCCUAUGAAUGCAGUCAAUGUGGAAAAUUUUUAUGUACUAAAUCAGCCCUCAUUGCACAUCAGAUAAGUCACAGAGGAAAGAAAUCUUAUGAAUGUAAUGAGUGUGGGAAAUUUUUCUUCCAUAAGUCAACACUCACUAUACAUCAGAGAACUCAUACAAGAGAGAAACAUGGUAUGUUUGAUAAAUGUGCUAGAACAUCCAUUGAGAAGUCAAACUGCAGGGAACAUAAGAGAAUGGACAGAAAGGGGAAUUUUCAUGAGUUUAGUAAGCAUGAGCACAACAUCAGCAAAAACUCACACCUCACUGUACAUUGGAGAACUAUAUGGGAGAGGCCAUAUGAGUGUAAUGAAUGUGGGAGAACUUAGUGCAGGAAAUCAGCCCUCACUCACCAUCAGAGAACACACACAAGAGGGAGACCACACAGGUGCAAUGAAUGUGGGAAAACCUUCUGUCAGAAGUUCUCUUUCCUUGAGCAUCAGCGAACUCACAUUGGGGAGAAACCAUAUGAAUGUAAUGAAUGUGGGAAAUCCUUCUGCUAUAAGUCAGCCUUCAGAGUACAUCAAAGAAUUCAUACAGGAGAGAAACCAUAUGAAUGUAAUGAAUGUGGGAAAAUCUACCAUCGGCUGUGGACUCUCACUGAACAUCAGAAAAUAUACACAGGGGAGAAACCCUAUGAGUGUGCUCAAUGUGAGAAAACAUUUCGCCACAAAUAAAAUUUCCUUUUACAUCAGAAAACCCACGAGGAAUGAGUUCCAACAAAGCAAUAAAUUCCAGCAAAAUAGCAAAUUAAAUAAUUUACAUGAAACCAAA